CUUGAAUAUAUAUACAUAUAUAUAUAUAUUAAUAUGAGCCACUUGACAGACGAAGACGACGAGUUCUUGUAUGGUACUUCUGAAGUAGAUAAUAACAACAUCAAUAACAACAAUAAAAACAAUUUGGACGGCAAACAUGACGUGGAUGAUUUAUAUGACUUUCAUGAAAAAAAAGAUGAAGAUAGCAUGGAUCAAUCAACCAAUGUAGAGCCAGAGAAAGAGACACUUAAAGACGAUGUUGAAAUAACAGAGCAACAAGAAGAUACAGAACAACAAGAAGAUGAAGACAGUGACGAUGACUUGGAAAUCAUUCUAGAGCCAGAAGAAGAACCUCAACAAGAACCAUCUACUGAACAAGCACAAGGAGAACAACCAGCUACAGAUGAUGCACCUGUCAAUAUCAAACCUGGGCAACAAGGCAACACUUCAUCAACACCUACAGCCAAUGCAGCCACUACAUCUACAGCAGCUACAAAAUCACAAGGCGGUAUCAAUUUAGAUGCCAUUGGUGAAUAUAAUGGCGAGCCUAUUAUUGAAGUGGAUCUUGAUAAUGUAGAAGAUAAACCUUGGAGAAAACCAGGUGCAGACAUUACAGAUUAUUUUAAUUAUGGGUUCAAUGAAAUUACAUGGCGAUCCUAUUGUGCUAAGCAAAAGAUGUUACGAGAGAACAAAAAAAUGAUGGGCGAUAUGGAUAUGGGUGACUUCAUGUCUAUGGGUAUGAUGAUGCCUCCUAAUAUGAUGGAUGGCACCAUGCCUAUGCCUAUGCCUGGUAUGCCUAAUCCUAUGAUGGGAUUACCUAUGGGUAUGCCUCCACCUCAACAAGGAGGAUCUGGUGGUAGCUCAGCCAUGAGAAACAGCCGAGGAGGGGCAAGCAACUUCAAUACAAGAAACACAGGUCGAAAUAUGCCAAUCAACAGACAAAAGACAACAACAACAGAUGGCAAAGAACGUGAGGGUGGUAACGAAAUGAUAAACCCUAUGGAUGGCAAUAUGCCUAUGGAUGAGAAUGGCAUGUUUCCUAUGGAAUUCCCUGGAGGCCCUGGUGGUAUGCCAAUGAACAUGUUUCCUCCCGAUAUGCCUGGUGGUCCUAUGGGCAUGCCCUUCUUUAAUCCUAAUAUGCCACCCCCUAUGGGAUUUGAUGGAAAUGAUUUCAGAAACAACAGUAAUCGUCCUAUGCGAGGUGGAAGCCAUAUGAGUGGAAGAAACCAAGCGCCUCGUAAUAAUAAUCCUGGACAAUCAUCCUCUUCAAGUGGUUGGCGUGGCUCAUCCAGUGGUCGUGACAGAGACAGAGAUCGUGACAGAGACAGAGAAAGUAGUGGACGUGAUCGAGACAGAGACCGAGAGAGCAGUGGGCGUGAUCGAGACAGAGACCGAGACAGCAGCCGUGAUAACGGUCGUGAUCGUGAUCGUGAUCGUGAUCGAGACAGAGACAGAAGAGAGAGAGACCGUGAUGAUUCCCCCCGUUCAGACUCGUAAGUAAUCGCAUAAAAUAAAGUGACUGACUCAUUAUCUAUAGACGGAAAAGACACCAAGAUAGAGAAUCUUCCUCACAUCAAGAUGACCAUUACAGUAAAAGAUCUCGUCGCUAAAGAGUCCUUUUAUUGUUCAAUAAAUGUAUCAUAUUCACAACUGUCUUAACAAUUCUAGCUCUGCAUUGAUC